GUUUAAUGUGUGGCGUUUGUUCAAACGAUACAUAAAUCAUUGUAACGAUAAAAUGUCUGUUGAUUGUAACAAAAAUGUGACUUCAUAGCCUUGCACGAAUCGUUAAACAAGCGUAUAACUAUCAUCCUCAAAUCCAUCGAUCGACACGAUCGAAAAUAACACGUUCCCAUGUCCGUGUUCUGCACGCGUUUCUGUGUAUGUAUGUCACGGUGUUGAUCCUCGUUAGGAGGCAGCCUCUACGAUGACAAAACAAUCUUUACUCUUCUUAUUAAUAGCCCAUCUUUUCAUCCGCUUAAUCAUUUCCGUAAUGUGUUGCGUAUAGCCCCAUCAUGUGUUUUUGUCACUAUCCCGUAAGAACUUUCUCUGUGUUAUCUGCCAGGCUUCGAAACGAGGCCAUAGAGCACGUACAAAGUAUGGCGAUGGAGGUCGAUUCGGUUCAGAAUUGUCAAACGGUGUAUUCAGGCUAGCCGGAUGAGAGAAAGCUAACUCAACCGAGUGAUCUCAGUGCGUUAUCAGUUAAUCGUAGAGUCAAUUUUAAGCCCACCAGGCUUACCAAUUGUGGUCGGUGGUUCAGAACUGGACUCGAAGCAAACGGCUAUUUUAAGACGAGUAAACGGCAGCGUCCGUUUAGCAGUAUCGCUACACUUUACCAUCCAGGUCGGUCGUCGUAAUGUGGCGUGCUAGUUAGGUGUGUUCUCCUUUCUUCCGGUGUCGAAACGAGUGAAAAUGUUUAACUAUAGCCCGGCCGGACCGUCAGGGGAAAGAGAACCGUUACUGAGUGGCAAACAGCUGUGGCCAUCUUUGGGAUUGGAAGGAACGAAAUUGGAUGCUGCAUUCAAGGACAUUCCGUUGCCACAGGAGCCAGAAGCACCAUACCGCAAUCCGUGCCUGCAAUGGUUAUCUCGAGUCUUUAUCAUCCCGCAGCGGGUGAUAUUGGCGAUCAUGGGCUUUUUGGCCAUCAUGAAUGCGUACACGAUGCGCAUCUCCCUAUCGAUCGCCAUCACGGAGAUGGUGAACAAGACGGGCGGUUCGACCGAGGACGAGGCUGGCGUCUGUCCAAUCGAUGACAGUGCCAACCCGGAUGAUUUCACCGGCGGUGAGUUCGACUGGGACGAAGAGCUGCAGGGUAUUAUCCUGUCCUCGUUCUACUGGGGUUACGUCAUCACACACAUCCCCGGUGGCAUGCUGGCGGAAAAGUUCGGUGGAAAAUGGACGCUCAGUUUGGGCAUUUUGUCGACGGCUUUCUUUACGCUCAUCACACCGUGGGCAGUAGAACUCGGUGGCUCGACUGCUCUUAUCGUGAUCCGCGUUAUGAUGGGACUGGGCGAAGGUACUACAUUCCCGGCACUGAGCGCACUGAUGGCUACGUGGAUCCCGGCAAAGGAGCGCAGUAAGUUAGGCUCGCUGGUGUUCGGUGGUGGACAAGUCGGUACGAUUCUUGGCAACUUGCUGUCGGGAGUGCUCCUACACAACAUCGAUGGCUGGUCGUCGGUGUUUUACUUCUUCGGCGGUAUGGGUGUUUUAUGGUUUGUGAUCUUCACACUGCUCUGCUACAGCGAUCCUGAAUCACAUCCGUUUAUUAGUGAGAAGGAAAAGGCCUAUCUGAAACAGGAGUUGGGAACGUUGGAGCGUGAUCGUACACUUCCUCCGACACCUUGGCGCUAUAUCCUCACGAGCGUCCCAAUGAUGGCGUUGGUUUGUGCCCAGAUUGGACACGAUUGGGGCUUCUUCAUUAUGGUUACCGAUCUACCGAAGUACAUGAGCGAUGUGUUGCGGUUCUCCAUCAAGGACAAUGGGCUGUACUCCUCUCUGCCAUAUUUGGUCAUGUGGAUUGUCUCACUAUCGACCGGCGUUCUGAGCGAUUGGCUUAUUACGACUGGACGCAUGACUCUCACCUUCGGACGUAAACUGUUCACUACUAUUGCCUCCAUUGGACCGGCCUGUUUCAUCGUUGGUGCAUCGUACGCUGGCUGCGAGAAGGCAGUGGUCGUUAUGCUGUUUACCUUCGCCAUGGGUCUCAUGGGUACGUUCUACCCCGGCAUGAAGGUUAACCCGCUCGAUCUGAGUCCAAACUACGCCGGUACGCUGAUGGCCAUCACGAACGGUAUCGGUGCCAUUACCGGUAUCAUCGCUCCGUACGUCGUCGGUGUGAUGACACCCAAUCACACCCUGGAUGAAUGGCGAAUUGUGUUCUGGAUCUCGUUUGCCGUCUUCAACGUCACCAAUCUGGUAUACGUCAUCUGGGCGUCGGGUGAGGUGCAGCCCUGGAACACACCCCAUCUGAUGAACAAAUCGGUCGAGGCGGGCGAGUCCAAUGACGAUCCGGCCAUGGCAAAGAAAAGCGUACAAUCUCAAGAUGCCAUAAAGCAGUAAAGCAGGAAAACUGGAACCCUCAUCUAUUUCACCCCGAAAACCGAGUGAGGGAAAUUCGAGACGUGAUGCGUUGCGAAGAACAAAACUGCUUAUCGGUUGCGGAAGCAGUCGAGUGAAGCUACCAGGCGAUGCCGUAGAAGAAUUAAGGCGUAUUGUUUUUAAAUCUUUUAUAAGAAGCGCACAAUGCUAUUGUGCAUGUUGUACGGAUUAAUAGUUAAUCCGACCGUAGGCCACGCGACUGCUCUACUGAAACGUGUAGGUUAAUCUGCCUUGAUGCCCGGUGCGAUAAGAUACUGUUCUGUUGAGUUUAUUUAUACCACUUAUCAGCUAGGAUACGCGUUAGAAUUUACGAUUUAGGAGCGUGCAUGCAACUGUAACGGGUACGACGAGUACAACGAUGGAUCAUUAUGUACAAGGCAGCAAAUGCUGGAUAUCGGGUGCGCAAAGAAUCGACACGAUGGAGAAUGUGCUCCGAGUUUGUACAUGAGAUGUGUGAUUAAUAAACAUCAAUAGCGAUUAAUGUUCAAAA